AUGAUUUUAAUUUUAGAAGAAUGUGAUAAUCAUUUCUUAUCUUGCAUUAGAUACUCUGUACUUGCAUUUUUGUCUCUCAUUAUCGCAGUAGUCUCAAUAAAUUGGUCAUUCCACUACUACAAAGCAAAUGGAUCAAUACGAUAUGAGAUAGCCCCCAUGAUUUGCUGCUGUUUACAAGCUAUCAUCCAUUUGAUUUAAUACACUAUUUACAACUCGAAUAGGAUGAUCAUUUCAGCAAGCUUAUUACAACUCGUUACCUUCAUUCUUGUUUCACAGAGUUUAGCCAACCUUAGAUAUCGGUUUAAAUAUGCAGAUGACUUGGAAAAAAGAAAAAAUCGAUAUUUAAGAUUAAUGGUCAGCAAGGGAGCCUUCUACUUGAUAGUAUUUUCAUUGCAGUUUUUCUUCUUCUUCAAAAUCGACGACUCUUCUUGCAAUAAUUAUUUUUAUUACAGUCUCGAUUUAUUGGAAGUGCAAAUACUGAUAAUCACAAUAUUCACGCAAAUCCAUGGGCAAUCACUGAUCUACUACAUACGAAGGAAAGAAGAAUCCUUAAACCAAAAUCAAGACCAAUACUCCAAAAUCCUUGACAGCUGUUCAAUGAUUAAAAACACAUUAACCAUGAAACUACAAUAGAUUAAAUUAGUUAUUUGGGCCUAAACCAUUACAAUGAUAACAUUCAUUGUGCUCAUAUUGUUAAUGUACAACACCAACAGAGAGUUAUUUUGCUUUUAAUAAAGCAAAGAAUAAACUUAUUCUGUUUUUUAAAUCGGCAUUCAAAUAUUUUUUACAGCAGUUCAACAAUUUCCCUGUUUUUAUAUACCUUACGCAUUUUAUUACGCAGAAAAAACGAGAUCGGUAUCAAAAGCAACAGUUAUCGAUUUCAAUAUUCAAUACGAUGAAUCUACUACGGAACAACAGAUCUAAAGAAGUAGAAAACCAAGUUCAUUUGAAGACAAUUUUGUUAAUAUGAUUCACAGUGCAUAAUAAAAUGAUUGA